GCGUGUGCCGACUCUCUCGAGUAUACUGUUAGUAUACCCAGAUUUGACUCCGGAGGAGAGGCUGUCGCCGUCAAGACCAAAGUGUUUGUCUCGGCGCUCCAUUUUAUUUAUAUCUUACGUAUUAGUAUUUAAGCAAUUCAAGUCACCCGUGUAACGCGAUGUUCAUACAGCUUUGUAAAUAAUUGCUCGAGGAAAAUCCGACUCUUCCGAUAAUCGUUGAUACAUAUAGUUAUACUUAAGGUAAACAGCAUUUAUACUUAAGUUGUUGAGUUGACGAAAAAUAAAAGAACAAGGCGAGGUGAGGUUGCGCGGAAAAACAUAUAACUAUAGUAUACCUACUUACCUUGUACAUAUACCUAUAAUACAUUGCACAGGCUGCAGGGGGUCCCGAAAGAGUUUGCGAGGAAAACAAAACUCGCAGUGCUUGAUAGUGUUGUAUACCUAGUGCGUGGCUUCUACGUAUAAUAUAUGUGCACCCUAGUGUAUAUUAUGUUGUGUUUUAUUUGCAACGAUAAAAUUAUUGUGUCACGAGUGCAUUCAUUAUAUGCGUGCUUGGCGCAGUGAAUGGCGUCGACGAGGACUACUACGACGACGACGACGUGCCUGCACGAUAAACGAAUCAACAGCAGCAGCAGCAGCAGUUGUACCCGGACUGACGAAAGUAUAUAUCCUCGUAACAACCGAGAAAUCGUGUCUGCGCUAAAUCAUGCCUCGGAAAGAGUAAUUCGUAGAGGGAACAGUUUCCAGUAAUCUUCGUUAAAAAUUAGUACAAAGGACAAAAAGCCAAAGUAAAUUAGUAACCAUGGACGUCGAUCAAUGUGAUGAGAAGAAGAUGCUGCAACAGCCAAAAACAAAGCCGCAAACUCCUACGAAAAGUACCAGUAGCAGCCCAUCCCUGCCUACACCUAUAUUUUAUUCGCCUACAAAGAUUUCAAACAGUAGUAGUUUUGACCGCUUCAUACCAACGCGGUUGAAUAAUAAUUGGCAAACUGCAUUCUCUAUGAUCUCCGAGAAUAACAGAAGUAGUUCUGUCACGAAAAAGAUUAGAGAAAAUAAUGGGGAAGGAAGUCGUGAUGGAAUCGCGUACUCUUGUCUACUGAAGAACGAACUACUAGGUGCCAGUAUCGAGGACGUUAAAGGCCAAUGCGAGGAGCGCCGCAUACUGUCUCCUCUGGCAGGCAAAAAUCUCUUCAAGUACACAACCCCAACAAAAGACCGUUCGUUACUGGAUCAGAGUUCGCCGUACUCGUUAUCUCCUCUGAGUGCUAAAAGCCAAAAACUUCUUCGUUCCCCACGCAAAGCCACACGCAAGAUUUCGCGCAUACCAUUUAAGGUGCUGGACGCUCCGGAACUUCAAGACGAUUUUUACCUCAAUCUUGUUGAUUGGUCAUCACAAAACGUCCUGAGCGUCGGCUUGGGUAGCAGCGUGUAUCUCUGGUCAGCCUGCACAAGUCAGGUUACCCGACUGUGCGAUCUGUCGGGUGAUAAUAACAGUGUCACCUCGGUAGCGUGGAACGAACGUGGCAAUCUCGUAGCCGUCGGUACUCAUUCUGGCUAUAUACAAAUCUGGGAUGUUGCCAUGAAUAAGCAGGUGAACAAACUGCAAGGUCACAACGCGCGGGUGGGUGCGCUCGCCUGGAACGGAGAGAUAUUAUCAUCAGGCUCGCGGGACCGGUUGAUUCUCCAGCGAGACGUGCGUACCCCAAGUCUUGUUGGCGAGCGCAAACUCGGUGCCCAUCGCCAGGAGGUUUGUGGCCUGAAAUGGUCACCCGACAAACAGUAUCUGGCUAGUGGUGGUAACGACAAUCGCCUCUACGUCUGGAACUUGCACUCACUUUCACCCAUUCAGACUUACACGGAGCAUCUCGCGGCUGUUAAAGCUAUCGCUUGGUCGCCCCAUCACCAUGGCUUGCUCGCAUCGGGAGGCGGCACUGCCGACAGAUGCAUCAGGUUUUGGAACACGCUGACGGGACAGCCGAUGCAAUGUGUCGAUACAGGCUCACAGGUAUGUAAUCUGGCGUGGAGUAAACACAGCUCCGAAUUAGUAAGUACGCACGGUUAUUCGCAAAACCAGAUUCUCGUGUGGAAGUAUCCAAGUCUGACACAGGUGGCUAAGCUGACUGGCCACUCUUAUCGCGUCUUGUACUUGGCAAUGUCACCAGACGGCGAGGCGAUUGUCACCGGUGCUGGCGACGAGACACUGCGUUUCUGGAACGUAUUUAGUAAGGCACGUAGUCAGAAAGAAAACAAAUCCGUGCUCAAUCUCUUUACCAGUAUACGAUAAGAUAGGCAAUUGUACAUUGAGUAUAAUUUUUUUUUUUUCUAACUAAUAUUCCGCGGGAAUGAAAUGUACAUAUACGAUUCAAAGACAAAAUUAUAAGUUGGACGCUCGUGGAAGCGUUUCUUUUUCAGCUUUGAUCUGACCAAUCAAUUUGGGAAGCUAGUUAUCUGAUUUAUCAAUAUUUCCUGGAGCUAUGUAUUGGAAAGCUAGCUUUAUUUUUUAUUUAUUUAUUUUUUCUUAUGCACUGAUAUACACGAUUUUUUAUAUACAUAUUUUUUUAUACGCGGUGAAUUGAAAGAAAUUUACUACAAUUAUAUUUUUGGCGUGUAGAUUAUUUUCUUGGAAUUUAAAACCAAAGAAAAAACGCAAGUAAAUUCUAAGAAAGUUGUCGAAAAAACGAUUUUUUUUUUUUAACUGUAGUAAAUUUUUAUUCGUAGCCUUUAUACACUCAAAAUUGUUUUGUAGAACAGUUUGAUUUUCUUAAACGUUAUUUACUUCAUUUCGAUAAUCACUUAUCCUUUAUAAAUAUUUAUUUCUAAAGGUGGUACCUUAAACAGUUCUGACUAACUAGUUUCCCAUAUUUUGACCAGAUUGAUACUGAAAUCCUUUGGGACACAUAAAUAUAUAUUCAAUCAUAGAAAAAUAUAUUGAUUAAAUAUAUUGAAAUGAGUAACUACUGAUUAAUA